ACCAACGCAGGUAGCCCGAAGGACUGAUUUCAACGUUACAUGAUCCAUGAACAGCCAUGGAUUUCUCGAAUGGCUCCCUCGCGAAUACUAGUACCUCGCUAGCCUGUCCGUAUGUCUGGGACGUCGGCGGAAGGAACGUCUCUGCCUUUUGCUGCUCAUCGAGGGAAAACCAAAGCGACACCUUCUAUUUGGACUUCGGAUACGACCCAACAUUAGCCGCAAUUAUUGGCAGUGUCGUCGCCAUCUUAGUGUGGGUGAUCUCCGUUCUACUCUACCUCGCCUGCAACUACGGAUGCUGCUUUUGCUGUAAAAACCAGGUUGCCCCCCAGUCAAGUGUUGCUAACUCGGCACUUCAUAGCCUUGAUAACCCUGUUUGGUGGGAGAAGAGAAGAAUUUCCUUUGAUAUUCUCAGACUCUGUGCAACUUUCUUCGCUGCUAUCUGUUUCUUUCCCAUUCCGUCGUUUAACCUCAACAUCCCUGCCAAAGUUGCCAUCAUCCCCCUUGUUGUUCUUGACUUCAGCUUUUUCAUUGCUUUCAUGGUAUGGCAAAGAAAAAGGGAAUUCCUAAAGCCAAUUAAAUAUUACGUAGCUUUCUACAUUGCCAUGACCGGUUUUCCGAUUGGAUUCACAGUAAAGUUUUUGGUGGCAUCACAUUAUGACGAUCCCACAAGUGUUCCCCUUUUUGCUCUAUUUCUUCCCCAUGGAAUCCUGUUUUAUAUUAUGCCCCUGUUUGCUUUAGUUUUUUACAUGUUUAAAAUCUGCCAAGACGAGUAUGGGGACUGUGGAUGCGCGUGUUCAUGCUCCUGCUUUUGGUCUUUCUGGGGAAUACUUGUUCUUCUUGCCGUGUGGGUUCUAAGUAUGGUGGGGAUCACGUAUUACGUGUGGCCACGAAGCCUCCCAUACAUUACCUACAUGGAGUACCUUGCACCCUGCACACUGUCGCAUGCACUCGCGCCCCUGUGGCUACUGCUGUUCUGCUCACUUGUCGCCACCCAUUGCUACUUCUUCAGCAGUAUCAAGAAAGGGGGAGAGGCCAAGUCAGCGGCGUUACAUCUGACCCCUGACCUGCUCCACCUGUACGGGGUUUGCUGUACCGCCGUCAUACUGACGUUCUACUACGACCAGCACCUACAGCCUGCACCUGACAUUGACCAGUACCUAAAACCUUUCUGGCCUCUACUGUUAGCUGAUCUAUUGAGUAUCACCGGUGUCUUCAUCAGACUAUGCAGCCACUGUUGCUCGACGCCUACUCCACGUCAACAAACAGCGACUGUGUCAGCUACACCAGGACCUGUCAACACUGGGCCACUCCCUCAUCAUCUGCAGCCGAUUGUAGCAACAGCAACACCCAAACCCACAUCUGUUACUGCAAUUCCGUUACCACCCAUAGGACAACAAAAUAUCACUCCAGGUCAAAUGCAUAAUUGGUGGGGCCAGAACCAAAGGGCGUUUCCAGACACCUGGGAGGAACAUCCGCCCGACCAGUCCCGCUGUUUCGUCCCGAAGGUUGAUCCACAGACCCCGGAGUACAGGGAGGUAGAGACGGGCUUCCUGCAGAGCAUCUACACACAGGAUGGUCCCACUUGGAAGGUGCACAACAUCUCCCGAGUACAGAACACAGCCUUGUAUGACCAGUACUCGGUGGCGAAGAGAAAUAUGGAUAAAGGACUGCCGAACAAAAUCAAUGAGAGGACUUUGUGGCAUGGGACAGCUGCUGGUGCCAUAGUCAAUAUAAACGAGAAUGGCUUUAAUCGAUCAUAUUGUGGCAAGAACGCAACGUUCUUUGGAGAAGGGGUGUACUUUGCAGUCUCUGCGAGUUACUCAGCCCAGGGCAGAUAUGCAGUCCCGGAUGGGAACAGCAACAGAUUCAUGUACAGAGCACGUGUACUUGUAGGGGAGUAUACAAAGGGAGACAAGAACAUGAAGGAACCUCCCAUCAAGCCUAAUUCUGGUAGCCAUUCACGUUAUGAUUCCGUUGUCGACAAUACUGCGAACCCAACAAUGUUCGUCGUUUUUCGCGAUGCUUAUGCGUAUCCAGAGUACCUCAUAGAGUUUUCUACGUCAAACUGAGUUGCAUAAUUACUAGUUUCCUGUAUAAACGGAUUGUGAUGUAUAUGGUAUUGAUUUCUGAAAAAUAAAGAUAC